AUGCAGCCUAUUUUUACUCAGCCUAUGAAAGUGAGAAGCAUAAUGGUUACAGGUGACAAUUGGGGAACUGCAAUUGCCAAGGAAGUUGGAAUUGAAACCGAUAUAGCAGAAGCCAAACCUGAGCAGAAAGCAGAGAAAGUGAAGGAAUUGCAGGCUUCAGGCUACACUGUGGCAAUGGUGGGAGAUGGCAUCAAUGACUCACCAGCACUUGUGGCAGCAGAUGUAGGAAUGGCAAUUGAGGCAGGAACAUACAUUGCAAUUGAGGCAGCUGACAUUGUUCUCAUGAAGAGCAACUUGGAGGAUGUGAUAACUGUCAUUAACCUUUCCAGAAAAACCUUUUCUUGUAUUCGCUUGAACUACAUCUGGGCUUUGGGUUAUAAUGUUCUUGGCAUUCCAAUAGCUGCAAGGGCCCCUUUUCCAUCUACGGGAUAUCGUUUACCACCAUGGAUAGUUGGAGCUGCAAUGGCAACUUCUUCUAUCAAUGUUGUUUGCUGCUCUCUGCUAUUGAAGAAAUACAUUGUUCAUAGGGCACGAUUUUACUUUUUCGUGUCUUAA